UACACAUUAAUGGAGAACCAAGCAUCGACAACUGCUUAUAAAGCCCACAUCAUUGUGCUCCCAUUUUAUGCACAAGGUCACAUAAACCCUGUACUUCAAAUUGCUAAGCGUUUUGCCUCUAAAGUCAUCAAAAUUACUGUAGCAUCACUUGCAUCAGUUGGAAGCGCUGUACAUCAUGAGUCCUUUUCAUUUGAGCCAAUAUACGAUGAUUAUAAAGAAGGUGGUUAUGCAGGACCAGGAGGAUACAAGGGCUUUGUUCAAAGGUUUGAUGCUACUGCACCUGUUAAUUUAAUUCAAGUCAUCAAGAAAUUAGGACAAACUAAACACCCAGUUAAAUGUUUACUGUAUGAUCAAUCUGUAUCAUGGGCUAUCGAUAUAGCCAAGCAGCAAGGACUGGCUUCAUUUGCAUUUUUUACAAUGUGUUGUACUAUGAUUGCAAGUCUAUAUCCAUUGUAUCAUGAGCUUGUAAAUGAACCAUUACCCAUCUCUUCUUUUCCAUUACCUGAUUUACCUGAGAUGAGAAGUCCAUAUGUUCCAUCAAUGGGUUCCACUACUAGCCGAUUUUCACCUCUCGUAAGAACCCUUGUUGAACAAAUCAAGGAUAUUGGCAGAGCAGAUCGGGUUUUAUUCAACACCUACUAUGAAUUGGAACAAGAGGUGGUGAAGUGGAUGUCAAAUCUUUGGAAUGUAAGAACAGUUGGACCAACUGUGCCUUCUUUUUACCUUGACAAAAGGAUUGAAAAUGACAUUGCACAUGGAUUCAACAUGUACAAGCAAAGUGAUGAUCAAGACUACAUGAAAUGGCUAAGCAGUCAGGAUACUGGUUCUGUUAUCUAUGUCUCGUUUGGGAGUGGUUCCGUUAUAAGUUCAGAACAAAUGGCUGAAAUUGCUGAGGCUUUGAGGAGAAGCACUAAGAACUUCUUGUGGGUUGUGAGGGAAACGGAGCAACACAUGCUGCCAAAGAAUUUUGCGAUAGAAACAUUGGAUAAAGGGCUGGUGAUACCGUGGUGUUCCCAAUUAGAGGUAUUGGAUCAUCUUUCAAUCGGAUGCUUUUUGACACACUGUGGCUGGAACUCAACUUUGGAGGCAAUGAGCUUAGGGGUGCCAAUGGUUGCAAUUCCUCAAAUUUUGGACCAGACUACAAAUGCGUAUUGUGUGGAGAGAAUGUGGGGUGUUGGAAUCAUUCCGAAAGCUGGUAAUGGUGACAAUAGUCAAGGCUUUUUGAUUGCUGCAGGAGAAAUUUUGAGGUGCAUCAAGGAAGUCAUGGAUGGAGGAAACGAUAUUAAGGAAAAUGCUGUCAAGAAGAAGUUAGCUAAUGAGGCUGUGAAUGAGGGUGGAAGUUCAGACCUAAAUUUUGGUGAAAUAAUCACUUUUCUUGUGGAUCUCUAGAGUCUAGACCAUAUCUAUAGCUUUACAAAUGUAACCUCUUCCA